AUUACUGACUAUUAUUUCCGUUGUUCUAGAUGUAAGAUAUAUAAUAUUUUUUUUGUAUAAAUACCGCAGAUAAUCUGCAAAUAGUGCAAAACAGUUCGUUUUAAAAUGUCGGUAUUGAAUCUAUUUAAAAUCGCGCUAUUUGUUGAUGGUUUUUGGAUCAGGAUUCUUUCUGUGGAAAGCUGGCGUCAGUCCUACGAGUAUUUUAAUAUCGGAAUGAUCAAUUAUCCUGGCAAACUGGUUGUCCCCAAUUUUAAGCUUGUGGGUCGUGAGCGAUUGAUUAACGGUACGAUUGAACUCCUCAAGGAUCUUGAUGACACGUAUCAGAUUUCGGUAGAAAUUUCCUCAGACGCUAAUGGAGCUGGGUACAAGCAGUUGCCCUUGGAGGUUUCACCGAUGCCAGUCUGCAAGGCAUUGCGAUCCUUCUACCAGAGGUUCAUAAAAAAGUCUAUAGUGACUGGAAUAAACAUCGAUGUAGAUUUUGAAAAUGGAAAAUUGUGCCCGCUUCCGAAGGGAAUGCACUUUUUGAAAAACGUAUAUUUUGAUACCUCAGAUUGGGCCGUCAUUCUGCCUCGGGGUCUACUCAAAUUGAGGCUAAAUGUUGUGGACAACGAUGAAUUUGCAGGUGGCUUUGAGUAUAUUAUAGAUAUCAAGGAUAAAGCCAUCUAAUGAAGAAUAAAAGCGUA